GUGUGUUCACACGCCCCUGUUUCACAGACACUCCCUCCAGUUAAAUCGCGGAUUCGGUAAAGAAAGACUACAACACAUCGCUUUUUCUCGUGCACUGACAGCUUUCUGCAUCUGCCACAAUCUCUCACUAUGGUGUCCCAUAAGGAGUUUGAGACUGCAGGGAAAGCUCCUGGUCUGCAGAUAUGGCGCAUUGAGAACAUGGACCUGAAGCCAGUGCCUAAGAAUCUCUAUGGCAACUUCUAUAAGGGUGACGCCUACCUUCUACUGUACACCACCACUGCACCCUCGUAUUAUAUACACAUGUGGAUGGGGAAUGAGUGUUCUCAAGAUGAAAGUGGAGCUGCAGCUAUCUUCUCCACACAGCUGGAUGACUUUCUCGGGGGUGGUCCGGUUCAGUUCCGUGAGGUCCAAAACAAUGAGUCGCUCACCUUCCUGGGCUACUUCAAGUCUGGCAUCAAGUAUAAGCAAGGUGGGGUUGCGUCAGGCUUCCAUCACGUGUUGACUAAUGACGUGGAUGUGAAGCGACUGCUGCACAUCAAGGGCAGGAGGGCCAUCAGAGCCACUGAGGUGGAGAUGUCCUGGAGCAGCUUCAACAAGGGAGACUGCUUUAUCGUAGACUUGGGGAAGGACAUUUAUCAGUGGUGUGGCAGUGACUGCAAUCGUUUUGAACGUCUAAAGGCCUCCCAGUUGGCCAUUGAUAUCCGGGACAAUGAGAGGAACGGCAGGGCCAAGCUGAUCAUGGUGGAGGAUGGGACUGAACCAGACGCUCUGACUAAAGACAUUUAUCAGUGGUGUGGCAGUGACUGCAAUCGUUUUGAACGUCUAAAGGCCUCCCAGUUGGCCAUUGAUAUCCGGGACAAUGAGAGGAACGGCAGGGCCAAGCUGAUCAUGGUGGAGGAUGGGACUGAACCAGACGCUCUGACUAAAAUUUGGCGUGUGGAGGGAGGGGAGCGUGUCCCAGUGGAUCCCUCUACUUACGGGCGGUUCUUUGGGGGAGACUGUUACCUGAUCCUCUACAGUUAUAAACAGGGAAGUAGGGAGCAGCAUAUCAUCUACACCUGGCAGGGCCUGAAGAGCACUCAGGAUGAGCUGGCAGCUUCUGCUUUUCUUACAGUCCAGCUGGAUGACUCCAUGGGAGGAGCUCCAGUUCAGGUGCGAGUGACACAGGGUCAAGAACCUCCCCAUCUGAUGAGUCUGUUCAAGGGCAAACCUAUGAUCAUCCAUACUGGAGGCACGUCCCGCAAGGACGGCCAGACCAAGACAGGCAGCACGCGCCUCUUCCACAUCCGACAGAGCUCCUCUAGAGCCACACGCGCUGUCGAGGUUGAACCAUCUGCAUCCAACUUAAACACCAAUGACGUAUUUGUGCUGAAGUCGUCAGAUUGUGUGUUUGUGUGGAAAGGCGCAGGUGCCAGCGAUGAAGAAAGGGUCGCUGCGAAGUAUGUUGUAAGUGUGCUGGGAGGACAAUCCACUGAUUUGGCCGAGGGUAAAGAACCAGCUGGAUUCUGGUCGGCUCUGGGCGGGAAGAAGGGGUACCAGACAUCUUCAACUCUACGAAAUAUGGUCAAACCACCACGUCUGUUCGGCUGCUCCAAUAAGACAGGCCGGCUAAUGGUUGAGGAAGUUCCUGGAGACUUCACUCAGUCAGACUUGGCUACCGAUGAUGUCAUGUUGCUUGACACCUGGGAUCAGAUCUUCCUUUGGAUUGGUAAAGAAGCCAAUGAGGUUGAAAAAACUGAGUCACCAAAAAUAGCUAAGGACUAUGUGGACUCUGAUCCUUCUGGACGUCGUGGACUGCCCAUCACAACCAUAAAGCAGGGGGCUGAGCCCCCAACCUUCACAGGCUGGUUCCAGGCUUGGGACCCACAUAUGUGGGACACUGACCCUCUGGAAAAAAUCCGAGCUCGCUUUUAAACCCAAAACUGUUCCCUCUUCUUUGUAUAAGCACUUCUUGUUCCUGUGCAUAAAUUGCAACUUUCCAAGGUUUUACACAAUCUAAAGAUUGGUGAAAUGCCCAUCUCGCUUAAAAGUCCACUCUGUAUUUUUUAAUUUUUUUGGUUAACAUUAUGUUGACCAUUAUGCGAUUGGUCUUGGACUGUAACUAGUUUGUAGUUACAGAUGCCAUUGUAGAAAUAAUUAAUUUAUUCAGUAAGCAAAAGAGUCAAAUUAUAGGUGAAUUACUGAAAUUAAAAGCCAAAGUAGUAUUUGGCUGGUCAUGAGAUCUUACACGUCUGCCCUCAUGAGGCAACCCCACUCCAUGUAAAAUAAAAUGGCUUAUUUAGUACUACUGCUUUUUUUUAAUCUCAUGUUCAUUUUAACCGUAACCAAAAGUACUGUUUUAAUGAGGAAAAUUACCAUCGUUAAAACUGACAGAUUUCAGAUUACAGAUCCAUAGUUUUAUUGAACCUAGUUCAGUCAAAUGGAUUUUGGGAGUGUUUAGCUGUGUUCAAGCAGAACCAGCUGUCAUAAUAGAAGAAAUCUACCAAAAUCAUUAGCAAUCAUAAUAGUAUGAGGUAUGAUGCAUAAGGUAUGUUACCCUGUUAACCUUGUUAUUUUGUCAAGCAUUUUGGCUAUUUAUUUCUGCCAUUAUGGCUUCCAAACUUGUUACCAUUAUAAAAUAUGUGGCAAACUUCAUGACUAUUGCUUUUACACACAAGCCAUUGUUAUAUGUUCAGCUUGUACAAUGAUGUUAUCAUGUUGGACUUUAAUAAAUUGAGAUUUUGAGAAAGUGAAA